CGCGAGGGCCUAAGCGAAGUGGGGUUACAUACGAUUCGAGUUGAGGAUUAUGAUAUCAGUGACAAACUCAGCAUGAUGUUGGUGACUACUAUAAACCCCAUUCAUCUUUCAUCCCCCCUACGUCACGACUCUGUUUUCCUCUUGAACAUCAACCUCCCCUACUACUAUCCAAACCGUGACUACUAGAAUACCAACUACCAGCACCACUUCCUCACCGCUAUCCCACCCCUCAAGUUCAAUAACUUUCUGCAUCAUGCCUGUUUCUGCUAUCGAGAGGUAUGACCUUCUAUCAUCAUUCUAAACAUCUCCUAUCUUGAUCAACCUCCAAAUUAGUAAAUGACCCUACUCCUGUUCUACAUCACCAGUCUUGAGGAAUACCUAUACCUCAUCAACUCGGGCGAUGUGGUAAUCAUCGACUUCUGGGCUACAGAGGGUGGUCCUCACGAAACAAUCAGUUCAGUCUUCGAAGACCUGGCCUCCAAAUCUGAGUUCAGUGAGAUCAAGUUCGCCAAAGUCGAUGCUGAUGCCCAACCUGAGAUUCUUAACGAAGCUGGAAUCGGAUCCUUUCCUACUUUCAUGGCGUUUAUGAAUGGCAAUAAAUUGGACGAGUUUGUGGGUGCUAGUCCCCAAGGCCUGGAAGCGCUUGUUGAGCAGUAUGCAAGAGUCUGAUAAACUAUAUACUACUAUGUUGUGCUAUGUGCCUUUGCGUGAAGCGAAAUGGAAUUCUGGGUCUGAUCUAAGUAUAUGUCUUGAAUCACUGGUGGUUC